ACUAUAUUAUCCAAAAGUAAUGUCCCCUCGCCAGAGCCACUUUCAGCAAAGAGGAGAGUUCUCAAUCUUCAACUGUACCUCCAUUCAAUAUCUUCUCUCUUUACAGCCCGGUGCACUAAGGUCCUGCUAUGCACGGGUCCAGGGAAAGGCCGGACCACAAGAAUCUACUGUACGCAACCUUAACCUGCAUUUCAUUUCGGCAAGGGGCUGUUUCCACGGCUCGAACCCGUGACCUUGUAGUAUAAGGUGCUUUGCUAAUUGUUCCAAAGGUUUUGAUGCUAUCUGGUUUCGUAUGAAUGAACGAUUGCUCUGUGAUUUAUGUGAAAAAUGAGGCGUAGCCUUGAGGUUUGGAAAAUGGGCACUGUGAACUACUUGGAGGCGCUGAAGCUGCAAGAGAAGCUGGCAUCUGAUUCUGAUACCUUAUUGUCGCUGCAACAUCCGCCAACAUAUACCGUUGGCAAAAGACAAACAGUUCACAAUCUACUCAUUCCUGAUUCUGAGUUCAAAGCUAUAGGGGCAGAACUUCACUAUACACAAAGAGGAGGUGAUAUUACUUAUCAUGGUCCUCAUCAAGCAAUCUUGUAUCCGAUUAUCUCGUUGAGAGAUAUCAGCUUGGGGGCUAGAAAGUAUGUAGAAAAACUCGAGCUAAUGAUGAUUGAAUUAGCAUCAAUGUACGGCGUGAAAGCACAGACUGGACAAAGAUGCGAAACAGGAGUUUGGGUUGAUAAUAGAAAGAUUGGCGCGAUUGGAGUACGAAUUUCAUCUGGGAUUACAUCUCAUGGAUUAGCAUUCAAUGUGGAUCCAGAUUUAAGUUACUUUAAGCAUAUUGUUCCUUGUGGAAUUGCAGAUAAAGAUGUUACGUCGUUGAAAAAAGAGGCAGAUAUAGAGCUUCCUGCUGAAGAGGUAAUUCAGGAGCAGUUAAUCUCUUGUUUUGUGAGUAUAUUUGGGUACACUGAUGUACUCUUUAAAAAUAAGUUAAAUCUGUAAUAUUUUUGAUAAGCAAAAUCUGGACACACAUUGGCAUAUAACUUGGCAAUAGUUCAUGAUCUCUUUCUUUCUUCUUCU